CGUCCUUACAGCCUGGAGGUCAAAGGUCACAUGGGUAGCACUGAGGUUUUCUCCAACUCAACACAGCUGCACUUCGACCCCACAUGCCUCUCCACCUUCAUUCAGACAGACAAACUGAACUAUCUGCCCGGGCAGGUGGUGAAGGUUAGGGUGGUGUCCAUUCACCCUGAUGGCAAACCCUUCGCAAGCCCAGUGGACAUCAUCAUCAGAGAUCCCAGGGGAAACCUGCUGAGACAGUGGCUGGCGGUAGACAGUGUCCUCGGGGUUGUGUCCAAAGAGUUUCAGCUGUCUGAAAACCCACCUCUGGGUGAAUGGACCAUCGUCACUACAGUCAGUAGUGUGUCAAGUGGGAAGUAUUUCAACGUGGCCAACUAUGUUCUGCCAAAGUUUGAAGUUGUGAUAAAAGCUCCAGAAGUCAUUCAUCAGGAGGAAAUUCUGUGGGGCUCCAUCACAGCAAAGUACGUACAUGGCAAGCCUGUCCAGGGCCACAUGAACAUGACAUUCCUCUAUUCCUUUCAUGGUAUCAGAGAAGCUUUUGAUGAAGAUAGAGAGAUUGACGGCACUGCAGACUUCAUGUUCGACGUUCCGGACUAUCGCCUGAUGAGAAAAAGAGCUCCAGACAAGUUCUUCUACGAUGGCUACAUGGAUGAUAAGUUCCUCAUGAUUGUGGUUCAUGUGACUGAACACCUCACAGGUCUCACAUACAACAGCACAGCAAAGGUGUCUUUGGCAAAGUUCAGAUAUAAAGUUUCUUUUGAUGGCUAUCCACAAAUACUGAGGCCCUUUCUGAACUUCACUGCCAGGCUGAAGAUAUCCACAUACAACAAUCAGCCGCUGUCACGGGAGGACCAGAGAAAGACUGUUCAGGUGUCAGUGAUGCAGCACAAGCAAAGCCCGUGGAGUUGGAAAAUGGAUGAGAUGGACCACAUGGUGCUCCGUCAAUCAAACAUGUCAGGUCUUUCGAGGGACGGGCAUCUCCGUCCAGAAGAGAUGCUGCCUGAAGAAAUGGAGUUUCCUGUCCCUCCAGAUGGAGUAAUACCCCUCCACAUCCAGGUCAUGAAUGAAACUGAAACACUCACCAUUGAUGCUUCUUUUGAGAACAGCCACAACACUCUGCAACUGUACAGAAGCUACACUUCGCCCAGUCACUCCUACCUGCAGAUUCUGAACCCCUCCAGACCUCCAGAGGUUGGUUCUCCCCUCCUGCUGCACAUUGAGAGGAAUUUUCCAGUGACUGAGUUUCACUACAUGGUUAAGUCCAGAGGUCAGGUGGUUUCUGCUGGGAAAAGCUCUGAUGUUGUAGCUCUGAUCCCAGAGGUCACCUGGGCUCCUCUGGCCUGCAUCAUCGUCUAUUGCGUGCAUCCCAGUGGUGAGGUUAUCAACGACGUGAUACGGAUACCCAUCACCCAGGCUUUACAAAACCAGGUGUCUCUGAGCUGGAGCGACUCUGUGAGGAGGCCAGCCGAUCAGGUCUCUCUGAGGGUCACAGUGGCGGAGCCCGACUCUCUGGUCGGGAUCCUGGUGGUUGACAAGUCCACACAGUGGGCGGGAUCACACAAUGACAUCACCAAGGACACGGUGCUGAAGGAGAUGGGAAAGUACGGCCUUUCCAUGGCUGACGCCCACUCCGACAUGUUUAGAAUGGGAGAUCCAUACUCCGUCUUUAAGACAUGUGAUCUUGUGGCGUUGACCGAUGCCAGUUUACAUACGGAACGUGAGCUGAUUCCCGUAUUUCCAGGGGAGGGAAUACACACACUCUCCCAGACAGACAGUUCACAUAUGGAGCAACAACAGGAGCCACGAGAGCGCUGGGACUUUCCAGAGACCUGGAUAUGGAUGGACACCAACACAGGUAAUUCAGCAUCAGCAGAGAUCACUCUGACUGUACCAGACAGCAUCACCACCUGGACAGCCACCGCCUUCGUUAUGUCCGAGAGCCUCGGCCUGGGCCUCGUCGAGGGUCCCGCAGAGCUCACGGUGUUCCAGGACUUCUUCCUGUCCUUGAAUCUGCCGGCCUACGUUAUCCGAGGAGAGGAGCUGCUGCUGGAGGUCGUUCUGUUCAACUACCUCCCACAGGACCUGGAGGUCAUGGUGAUUGUCGCACAGAGCGACACAUUUGAGUUCGUCUUCCCAGACAAUGAGGAUCUCCCCGUGCCCAGUGUUCGUCAGCUGUCUGUGGGGAGUCAGAGCGGAGCGUCCGUCCUCAUUCCCAUCAGGCCGCUGGUCCUCGGAGAGAUGCCCGUCUCUGUGAAGGCCAUGUCGUCUGCGGCGUCCGACUUUGUCCGCACGACGGUGCUCGUCAAGGCUGAAGGGCUGGAGCAGACCUUCUCCGCCUCGCUGCUGUUUGAGGUUUCUCCCCUGCAGUCAAGCCUUUCCAGAGAUGUAGUGUUCACCUUCCCAGCAGAUGUUGUUGAGGGCAGUGAAAGGGUUUCAGUGACGGCUGUUGGCGACAUCCUCGGUCCUUCCAUCAGCGGCCUGGACUCUCUGAUUCAGAUGCCUCAUGGCUGUGGGGAACAGAACAUGAUCAACUUUGCACCAAACAUCUACGUUCUCCAGUAUCUGAGCGCCACGGGACAGGCUAACCGGGACAUCGCAGACAAGGCCACGGCGUACAUGAUGAAAGGUUAUGAGCGAGAGCUGUCCUAUCAGAGAGUAGAUGGCUCCUUCAGCGCCUUCGGAGACCAGGACCCAUCCGGGAGCACCUGGCUCUCUGCCUUUGUGUUGAGGUGUUUCCUUCAGGCGCGGCCCUUCAUCAGCAUCGACGACCACAUGCUGCACAGAACGGCGGCCUGGUUAGGAGCCCAGCAGGGGAAUGACGGGAGAUUCGAAGAGCAUGGCCGGGUCAUCCACACCGAGCUCCAAGGAGGCCUGGAUGGCCCCGUCUCCCUCACAGCCUAUGUCCUCAUCGCCCUGCUGGAAGACAGUGACGUGAGGGCACAGCAUUACAGCCAGGUGUCUGCAGCCCUGAUGUUCCUGGAGACCCGUCUCGCUCUCGGUGUCUCCAGUAACUACAGCCUCAGCCUGCUCACCUACGCUCUGGCUCUGGCUGGCAGCUCCAGUGCUAAAACAGCACUCAGCAGCCUGAUUGGACGAGCUGAGAUGAAGGAGGGUGUGCCCACGUGGUCUUCCCCGGACGGCGGCCUGUCAUCGUCAUGGCAGCCGCGCUCUGCAGACAUUGAGAUGGCGUCCUACCUGCUGCUCUCUCAACACACGCUGGAUCUCGUCACAGAGGGCCUCGGCCUCAUGAAGUGGCUCAGCCAACAGCGGAACCACAACGGAGGGUUUGGGAGCACUCAGGACACGGUCGUGGCUCUGCAGGCCUUGUCCACGUUCGCAGCUCUCGCCGGGUCUCGUUACUUUGACCUCACGAUCACAGUGAACUCUGACGCUUCAACCAGCGUCGCCUCCUUCCACAUCCACCAGGACAACUACCUGCUCCACCAGAGCCAGCAGAUUGAAGCAGAGGAGGAGCUGAACCUCCAGGUGACGGCAGAAGGUCACGGACUCGCCCUGUUUCAGCUGAACGUGUUUUACAACGUCAGGAGCGGCGAGCUGACGAGGAGGAGACGACACGCAGACGGAGGCGAGGCCUUUCACCUGUACGUCGAGCUGAUCGACACGCAAAUAAACUCAGCACAUCUGCACAUCUGCAGCAGUCUGUCGGAGGGUUUGGGUCUGAAUGCGACUGGCAUGGCCAUCAUGGAGGUGAGUCUGCUGAGCGGCUUCAGCCUGCCGCCGGACGGCGUCCUGACCGACAGGAUCGUAAAGAAAGUGGAGACGCAGCCGGGGAAGGUCAUCCUGUACCUGGACUCUGUGACCACAGAGGAGAUGUGCCUGCUGAUCCCUCUGGUCAUGGAGUUCAUGGUCGCCAAAGUCCAGGAAGCGAGUGUGCUCAUCUAUGAUUAUUAUGAACCAAGACGGAGGACGGUGAGGAUGUAUAACUCCGACUGGAGGAGCGGCCUGAGCUCCAGCUCCUUCUGCGGUGCAGACUACAGUCGGUGCACAGGAAACACGUACCACAGCAGCGCCGCGUCACACUGCGGCCAAAACCUCCUGCUGAGCAGCUCGCCACCUGCCCUGCUCCUCCUCAUCACCCUCAUCGUCAUCUUCAACCUCUAAACAAGCCAACUUUUUGGCAGCUAAGGUCAACUCUGCAGAUCCAAAGUUAACAUCCAGCAAGCGCCAAAGACUUUCUGUUUGUACCAAAAUAUUCUCCAAAUAAAAACUGAGAGCUGAGAGUC